AUGGAGGCAAUCAAGAAGAAAAUGCAAGCUAUAAAAAUGGAGAAGGAUGCCGCCAUGGACAAGGCCGAUACUUGCGAAGGACAAGCCAAGGAUGCCAACGCAAGAGCUGAUAAGAUCAACGAAGAAGUUAUGGAAUUGGAAAAGAAAUUAAAUCAAAUCGAAGCUGAUCUGUCGAGAACUAAAAAUGAUUUGGAAACAGCAAACAAAAAUUUGGAAGAGAAAGAAAAACAAUUGGCUGCUACUGAAAGCGAAGUUGCUUCGUUGAAUAGAAAAGUUCAAGAAGUUGAAGAAAAUUUGGAAAAAUCCGAAGAAAGAUCGCAAACGGCUCAAACGAAAUUGGCUGAAGCAUCUCAAGCCGCGGAUGAAUCUUUCCGUAUGUGCAAAGUAUUGGAAAACAGGUCCCAACAAGAUGAGGAAAGGAUGGAUCAACUCAACAAUCAACUUAAAGAAGCUCGUAUGCUUGCCGAAGAUGCCGAUGGAAAAUCCGACGAAGUAUCGAGAAAGCUCGCCUUUGUUGAAGAUGAGCUCGAAGUAGCCGAAGAUAGAGUUAAAUCUGGUGACUUGAAAAUCAUGGAACUCGAAGAAGAAUUGAAAGUCGUCGGUAACAGCUUGAAAUCUUUGGAAGUAUCCGAAGAGAAAGCCAAUCAAAGAGUCGAAGAAUACAAAAGGCAAAUCAAGUCUCUUUCCGUUAAAUUGAAAGAAGCCGAAGCCAGAGCCGAAUACGCUGAGAAAACAGUUAAGAAACUUCAAAAGGAAGUCGACAGGCUGGAAGAUAUAUUGUAUCAAGAAAAGGAAAAAUACAAAUCCGUUUGCGACGAUGUGGAUUCCACCAUUGCCGAACUCACAGCCGGUUAA